CGAUCAAUCUCAAGAAAGAUGACAUCCACUCCAUCCACUUCACUUUCAACUUCAUCACUCGAAUUAGAUGUAUCCAAAUUUAUCUCUCAAUCAGGUUUCAUGUAUCGUGAUGAAAACCAUAUAAGUAAUUCAUUACUUUGUUCGAUUUGCUCUGAACCAUGGAUCGAUCCUCUUGUGGCUUCUUUCUGUGGUCAUAUCUUUUGUAAGAAAUGUAUUCACACCUGGAUUAAACAUAUACCUACUUGUCCAGUUGAUCGAUCACCAUUAACACCAUCACGUUUAACCCAACCUCCAAAGAUCUUAAACGAAUUAGUCCAAGAACUUGUGGUGUUUUGUUCAUUAGGUUGUAGUUGGGAAGGUAGAAGAGAUAAUUGGAAAGAUCAUUUAGAAAGAUAUUGUCCUGAAUCUAAAUCGUCAAUCCUUAACUUAGAUUCAUCUAAUCAUCAAGCCCAAUCUCUUACUACAACUAUAAACAAUACAAAUGAGAAUCAGACACCUAAACUUGAUGAAGAAGAAACCUUUAAAGAACGUUGGAAGAAAUUAGCUAGAGAAAUCACCAUACUUAAAAAAGAAUCAAAAGAUUAUAUAGAAACGAUUGAAAUGUGGAAAGAUAAAGUAGAGAAACUUCAAUUAGAAUUAAAGAAAUCAAUCGAAAACUCUCCUACCAUUGAUCCUGGUUCACCUAUUCGACAUGAUGAUCCAAGUAGACCUUCUUCAACCGAUCAACCAACUCAUCGAGCAACCUGUGAUUUCUGUCGUUGUCAUAUCCGUGGUACUCGUUACAAAUGUUUGAAAUGUCCAGAUUUAGAUUCAUGUGAAACUUGUUAUGGUUCAAUUUCUCAUCAUCAUCCGAUUCAUGACUUUGUACCCAUCCGAAACCCCUCAGAUGUCAACGUUAUUUCCUUACCCGAAUGGAAAAUAACUCAUCCGAGAGUCAGUUGUAAUCACUGUGGGUUUCAAGUCGUAGGACCUCGUUUCAAAUGUACCUUAUGUGCAGAUUACGAUUUAUGUCAUCUUUGUUUCGCUUUACCUCGUCCUCCUCAUCCUCUUAGUCAUCCAAUGACUCGUUUUGUUCAUCCUCAAAGAUGAAACGUUAUUCUUUAUAUCUUUUUGUCUCUUAUUGUAAUGAUCAUUAGCUACAGGAUGGAAAGUGUUUUGUUUAGUUUGUUUUGGUACCACUGAUUUAUUUAGCAAGUUGUCUUCUCAGUAUUAUUAGUAUUCUUAUCUCAAUGUUUUGUUUUUGUAUAUUUUAUAGGACUUGAAAUUAGUACAUCUUAAGAUCAUAUCAAUUUAAAUGAUAUCUUUAUUUUAUUAUUAUCUUUUAGUAUUCUUAUUAUUCUUAAUCUCUUGUUGUAGUUUUAGAAUCCUAAAAGAAACUCAAAUUAUGGGUUUUUUUGUUUAUGUUUAUAUAUAUAUGUAUGUAAAAAGUAUGAAUUGUAAGAUUUCUAUCAAGUUUAUCGGUUUGGAUCUUAUUUUGAUUUCAUUUUUUUUUUUGGUUUAGGUCUUGUGGUAGUAACAGUUUUGUGAAUUUGUAUGGUAAUGUUUUGAUCUAAUUUGAGAAUGAACAAGGCUUUGAACUUGGUCUUACAUAUCUUUG